AUGUAUGUGUGUCUUUUCACAAAAAAUGAACAAAAAAAAGUUGCUUAUUUUUCACUAAGGAGUUAUGACGCCUGGCACCAAAAUAUAUUUUGUAGUAUGUUUUAUUUCCUUCUUAUUUUUACCCCAACUGGCUCUUUGCUCUUUUUAAAAUUUGCUUUCCCACUUAUUUUCCUCUAAAUCCUCCUUCCAUCUGUCCCUUUACCCCCUCUUUUUUUACUACCCCAACCCCCAACUUGCGAGCUUUGGCCUUGAUAAUAUUUUAGUAUUUGUGUGCAUGUAUUAUUUGUUGUUUUGUUGUCCCCUCAACUGUACAUAUACACAAACAAUUGUGGUAAGUAAAAGUUGUCAGAUAUUCGGGAAAAAGGUUGGUUGGUCUUUGU